AUGGAGGAGCCCCAAGUGUCUUUGAGGCAUCUAAGGGUAAACACGCAGCAAAUGUGCCGUCUAUUGCACAAGCUCCCAUCAGAGCUGCGGAACGCGAUAUACAAGCUGAGCUUCACUAAAGACGGCCCCCAUUACCGGCGGCCCGAGUCCAAGCCAGCCCGAUUCUCCCGGUCGUGGCAAGCGCUGAGAGAGGGGAUGUCUGGUGGACUCGUUGGAAGCUCUACUUCCUCCCCGCAGCCUACCCUCGAAGAAGGCGAGAUCGACUUCUUGGACGCCGCACCGCCUUCUGACUCGCUACUCUUCACCUGCAAGAUAUUGUAUCAAGAAGCCUGCGGAUACUACAAGGAGGCCUCUCGUGAAUAUUGGUCGAGCACCAAGUUCGCUAUCGUCAGUAACACAAAGACCGAGCAGGGGGUAUGCGCCAAGAUCGAGAGCCUGCCGCUGGAGGCGAUCCGUUGCAUGGAAGCUGUGAGGAUUGUGGGGACUUCGUGGUGGUCCUGGCCGUACGACCGCCGCGGAGCAUGGUGGGUCGGGGACGACCACUGCGAUACCGCGAGGGUCGUCGUGACGCCCGGACAUGAGACCAGUCGACCAGGGAUGCUGCCGCGUUAUUGGGAAAUCGAAAGCGAAAGCGGGAAGGACGUUCGGCACCUUAUUAAUACUGGUAUGCGCAGCCAGGCUAUACAGGACGAUACCUUGCGAGACGAGGCAGAAACAAACGACAUCCGGCAAGCGAUUGAAGAAGCCGGGCGCGUGGCGUUGACGAAGUAUGAGUUGACGACCAUUGUGAGAUGGUUUGCUGGAGCUUUGAGAAUGAGACGAGGAUGGGAGAGGUGA